CGUUUCUAUUUUCUAUUGUACAAUUGUAUUAUUAUUAUGAUCAUUAUUAAUAUGAAUGCUGCCAAGAUUGUCUUUUGUCUUGGAGUUUAGGAUAAGAUUAGAUUAAGAAGUUAAACAAUCCUCAUCUAGUUUGGUGGCAUUUUGAUGAGCAACUCAAAGGUAAUUUGAAACUGUCUUGAAGAGUAAUCCUCGACUAAAGUAAAAUGUUAUUAACAUGGAAGAGAAACAAAACAAUAAAAGUACAAUUGUUGGAUAAAUUGUGAUACAAAUGAAAUUUUAUCCAGUCAAUCACGUACUCAAUGAUCUUGCUCAUCAUCAUCAUCCUCAUGCUAUUCCCUAUCAUCAUCAUCAUCACCAUCAUUGAUUAGGCAUAUUUUAAAGUUGAAUUUGAGUUCAACUAGAGAAACUUGAUUCAAGUAAAGAUUUCAUUUCGAUUGUCUCAAGACCAAAGUGAGAUGAAGAAAGAUGAACAUUCUCGUCUUUUUGUUCAUGUUUGUUGCUAAAAUUAUGAUUAUCAAGGUAGAGUGAGAAUGAAGAUGAGCAAGAAAAGGAUCACUCGAAAAGGACGAAUGUUCACUCUAUUCUUUAGCCAAGACAUUCUCAUCGGCUCACUUUCGUUAUCUUUUCCUUUCGUCAUUUUCUCAUCAUCAUUAUCAUCAUCUUUCAUCCUCUUCUUUCGCACAAAGAUCUCUUUGUUUUCAUUUUAGGUGCUUCAUUUACUCUCAUCUUCAUCAUCUGUUAUCCUCUUCUCACUCUUCAUCUUCAAUUCUCAUUCACUUUUACGAAAAGUUUCCAGACUAACCUUCUGAUUGUACAAAAUAAAAAAGUGAACUCAACUUUUCCAUCGAAUUUUCAGUAAAGUAAACGCUUGCAAAGCGAAAGUCAGUCACACAAUGACUGAACCCUUAACCACCCAAAUGUCCAACAAUGAAACGGUGCAAAGCGGUCAAACUGAUUCAUCCAACGGAAUUAAGCGACUCUUGAGGACUCCUAAAUGUGCUCGAUGUCGAAACCACGGAGUUGUUUCGUGUUUAAAAGGUCACAAAAAGUAUUGCCGUUGGAAGGAAUGUGAUUGUCCAAACUGUCUAAUUGUACUUGAACGGCAGAAAGUAAUGGCUGCUCAAGUUGCUCUCAGAAGGCAUCAAAUUUCUCGUGAAUCGGGUAAAAUCAUCAACAGGCCAGGAUAUUUUGGUAAACCGAGGGACAAUUUGACUGAAGAAGAUUUAAUUAAGCAAAAGAAGGUUUAUCAACGCCAUUUAAGGGCGCUUCAACGAGUUUUAAGAAGCGAAAUGUUGACUGCAGCAAAAUCUUGCAGCAAUUCAGUUGACUUAGGAGAGGAUGGCUCAUCCAUUUCCAGGUUGAUCCGAAGAAGAAAAUAUUUUGGUACAGAUUUUCCAGAUGUAACUCUUUCAACUUCAACAAAUCAAAGUUCUGAUAAAAUUGACACUCAACUCAACAAUUUAACACUCUUGUCUUCAUCUUCAUCUCCAUCAUCGCCUUCUUCCUCUUCGCCAUCAACUUCAUCAUCAUCAUCAUUCCGAUUUAAUGCUUGUCCAAACUUUUCCACCCAAAUUGAUGAAACUUUCUUAUCGGGUUCGUGUGUAACUGAUAAUUUCCUUUCAUGUUCAAAUUCAGCCUCAGAUGGGGAUAACAAGAGUCAGCAGAUAGUCUCAAAUAUAUUCAAACUACCAACUGUACCUUUACUUAUCCAUAAUCAUACAUUUACCGGAAAAUCUUGGAUGCAGUCUAGAAGCCCAUAUGUAUCGAAAAAAUUCAGUUCAUUUACUGUCCAAGAACUGCUUAGUUGAUGGUGUGUAACGAAAAUUCUGUAAAAACUUAAUAUCAAUAAACUGAUUGUGUCUAAA